AUGGUGGUGGUGGUGGGCUGCUGCCUGCUGGCGCCGGGCGGGUGCGCGGGUCAGGUCACCACUACGACCCCUCCAGCGACGACCACCACGCGGCCGAGUCCCCCGGCGUCGCCCCUGCCGGGCACGUGCGGGGCCGUGUGCUCGCUCGACCAGCCGUGCCAGCAGAGCGCCGGCCUCUUCUGCGCCUUCCCCAACCUCCUCUGCGGGGGAAAGGGAGUGUGUGAAAGGGUGCCGCAGGCGUGCACGCUCGAGUUCAGGCCGGUCUGCGGCUGCGAUUUCAUGACCUACGCCAACCCGUGCUCGGCCGCUGCGGCGGGACAGGCCACCUUCGCCUUCAAAGCCUGCAACGAUACGCUCAAGUGCAGCGCCGACAGCGAUUGCGCAGCCGGGUUCCAUUGCCGCUUUCCCGCCGAGCGGUGCGGCGGCGUGGGCCUGUGUUCACGCAUACCCGAUAUGUGCACGCUCGAGCUCAACUCGGUGUGCGGGUGCAACGACCAAACCUACAGCAACCCGUGCCUCGCCUUCUCCAGUGGCGUCUCGAUUCGCUCCUUUGGCGAAUGCCAAGUCGAGAACGCGUUUGCGUGCCGUAACAAUUCGCAGUGCAGUGCCGAUCAGUACUGCCGCUACGAGCCGGGCAUAACAUACGACAACCCGUGCAUCGCCUCAUCGGCCGGCGUGUCCAUCGACUCGCUGGGCGCUUGCGAGGAGUGCGCCUUCGGCCAGUUUUGUCGCUUCGACCCCAGCACGUGCGGCGGCAUCGGCUCGUGCAUCAACGCGCCCGACGUGUGCACGGCGGAGAUGAGCCCCGUGUGCGGCUGUGACAACACCACCUACGACAACCUGUGCUUCGCCCAGGCCAGCGGGGCGUCCAUCCUCGACCCCACCAGCCCCUGCCAAGCGGCGGUGAGUUGCACGAAUAGCUCGGACUGCGCGGCGGUCGGCGAGUACUGUCACUUCCUGCCCGGCGAGUGCGGCGGCGUUGGUCAGUGCGCCAGCAUCCCCCAGGCGUGCACGCGCCUCUUGAACCCCGUGUGCGGCUGCGACAACGUGACCUACGACAACCUGUGCCUGGCCUCGGCCGCCGGCGCCUCGCUGCAGGCCCUGGGCUCGUGCGGCCCAGACCCCGGGGUGGGCGCGGGCUCGUGCGACCGCGACUCCGACUGCGCCGCGGCCAACCAAUACUGUCAGUUCCGCGACGGCGAGUGCGGCGGUCCUGGGGUGUGCGUCGACACUCCUCAGUUUUGCACGCUGGAGCUGCGACCGGUGUGCGGGUGCGAUGGCGAGACCUACGGUAACCAAUGCGCCGCGCAGGCCCAGGGCGUCUCCAUUCGCUCCGCCACCAGCGGCUGCCCCUCUCCCUCCCCGCUCCCCGCGUCAUAA